ACUUGAGCAGCUCCAUAAAACGGCAGAUCGUUGAUUCUAUCUAGCUGCAACAGCGCGGAGUCAGCGUCCGGAACCAUCCUAAAAAGAUGGAAAUAGGUAGCAUCUCUACCGGCACAUCACCCACCCCCGUCACAGUUUCCCACCAGAUCAAACGCUCUACAAGAGAAAACCCUCAGUUUCGUGGUAAUAUGGAAGGGCAGUGCGCUGGUUCAUCAAAAGUUUUACUGGCUUACAAAAACGCAUCGCAGCACUUGAAUUCGUCUGGAAUCAAAGCGGGCUUGGGCAUACUUAAAGUCGCUACCUCCCAAUGGAAACAGGAAAAAAAGACGCUUUCGGGAGCAGCAGUAAGGCAAAUGUCCGCUGCCAACAACAGCCACCCUUGCAAGAGAUCCCCACUUGAUCAGCUGGCAGCUCUGGUUCUCCAUGGUCAAACCCGGCAUCGCCAGAUUAGUCAGGGGCACCCACAAGAUCCUCUUUACUUCACCAAGCCACAGAACUCUAAGCGCAUCGUAGUUCUUGGUGCUCCACGGGUCGGAAAGACCUCAAUCCUAAGAAGAUACAUGAUAGACGGGUUUGUGGAGGAGUACAAGCCCACUUCCGAGGAUUUCCUAAGGAAACUGUUUCGUAUCCGUGGGGAGACCUACCAAAUUGACAUCCUGGAUGCAUCCCGGGAACGGGACUUCCCAGCCAAGCGGCGGCUGUCUAUCCUCACUGGGGACAUUUUUCUUCUAGUAUUCAGUUUAGAUGAUCGGAGCUCUUUCGAAGAGGUGUGCGCACUGCGAAAGGAAAUUCUGGCUGCUAAAUCCAAGCUCAUCAGAUCCACUGUGCCAGAUCAUUGCGCACAGCCACAGGUUCCUCUGGUGGUCUGCGCCAACAAGGUGGAUCUCCAGGAAUCCGAGAGAGAAAUAACUAAGGCAGAGGUUCUCCAAGCCCUCGGGGAUGACUGCGCCUAUUUUGAAACGUCCGCUAAGGAGAGCACUAAUCUCGAACAAGUAUUCGAGACUUUGGCAAAGCGAGGUGGGCUUCCGACCGAAACUGGCCCGUCGCAACACCGCAAAGUCUCUCUCCGCUCAUAUCAGGCAAUGCGGAGCGGCCGUGUAGCGGGGAGGGGGAAGCAGGUCUCUGAUAGAGAUGUUCCCUGCGGCACACUGUACCCACUGGCCCGGCGACCGAGUUUUACCACUGACCUUCGUCAGGUUAUUGGACCACAUACGACAAGGAAGCCCGGCAAAGGACUGGAGAAAUGUUAUAUUCAGUGAGAGACACAAACUAUGAGAAGAAACACAGAGCGAAUAACACAGUUCAUAAAGCACCGAUAUUUAUUUAAAAAUAAUAAUAAUGCCUUAUUGUGCGUUUACAUG